AUGCUGACAGCAACGGCUGAUGCUAAGCCGAUAGCUCAGGCAGAGGUCACGAAGGAUGCGAAAGAGACGAAGUCAGCAGCAAUUGGUGACACAAAAGAUUCUGAAAAUCGUGGAGAGAGCGAUGGCGACGAGAAAGACCCAAAUCUGACUAUGGGGCAGUACCCCUGUACGGCCGAUGACCACUUCGAGCUACGUCUCAUCGACGCGGUCGAGAAAAAUCCAUGCAUAUUCAAUAGGCAAGUUUGA